AUGCCUUCGCCUAAAGCCGAGAACGUUGCCCGUGGGUACAAGGCCACCCUCAAGAACCCUAACGUCUCCAACCAAGCCAAGAAGCACGCCAAAGAGGAGCUCGACAAGUACGAGUCCGACCAGAGCUCUAGUGAAGAAGAGACUAGACACACAGGAAAUGUUAAGCGUGGAUUGAAGGCUGCGAUGCAUAACCCCAACAACACCGAUGUUGGGAAGAAGCAGGCCAGGGAUAAGUUGGAGAAGAUGGGCGAGCAUCCUGAGCAGCCGGAGGAUUAG